CCGUUCUCCAGCUGCCCCUCAGGGACAGAGGCUGGCCACAUCCUGCCCACUAGCCCUCUCUCCCUCAGGUCUCUGCUGCCCCUGCUGGACCCAGACUCCGGGCUCCUGAUCCUGGCAGGAAAGGGCGAGAGUCAGUUGUACUGCUAUGAGGUAGCCCCCCAGCAGCCAGCACUGAGCUCAGUGACCCAGUGCCUCCUGGAGAACGUGCUGCGGGGGGCGGCUCUCGUGCCCCGGCGGGCGCUGGCCGUCAUGGGCUGCGAGGUGCUCCGCGUCUUGCAGUUGAGCGACACGGCUAUCGUGCCUGUCAGCUACCACGUGCCUCGCAAGGCUGUGGAGUUCCAUGAGGACCUGUUCCCAGACACCGCAGGCUGCGUGCCCGCCUCUGACCCCCAUGCCUGGUGGGCUGGGAGCAACCAGCAGGUGCAGAAGGUGAGCCUCCACCCAGCUCACCGGCCCUACCCCAGCUUCACCUCCUGCCUGGUGCCCCCUGCGGAGCCCGCCCCCGAUGCAGCCCCGCCUGCUGCGGCCAUGCCUGCAGACACCCCGGGGGGUGAUGCGGACCCCAGCGAGGGCUUCUCCUCCCCUCUUAGCUCGCUGACCUCACCCUGCACGCCCUCCAGCCUGGGGCCCUCGCUCUCUAGCUCCAGUGGCAUCGGCACCAGCCCCAGCCAGAGGUCCCUGCAGAGCCUGCUGGGCCCCAGUUCCAAGUUCCGCCAUGCUCAGGGCACCGUCCUGCACCGAGACAGCCACAUCACCAACCUCAAGGGGCUCAACCUCACCACGCCCGGCGAGAGUGACGGAUUCUGUGCCAACCGUCUACGCGUGGCCGUGCCCUUGCUCAGCAGUGGCGGGCAAGUGGCUGUGCUGGAGCUGCAGAAGCCUGGCCGCCUGCCCGACACAGCACUGCCCACGCUGCAGAAUGGGGCAGCUGUGACAGAUCUGGCUUGGGACCCCUUUGACCCCUACCGCCUCGCUGUGGGUGGGGAGGACGCCAGGAUCCGACUGUGGCGGGUGCCCCCAGAGGGCCUGCAGGAGGUGCUCACGACACCUGAGGCUGUGCUCACAGGCCACACAGAGAAGAUCUACUCUCUGCGCUUCCACCCCCUGGCCGCUGACGUGCUGGCCUCCUCUUCCUAUGACCUUACCAUUCGGAUCUGGGACCUUCAGGCGGGAGCCGAGCGGCUGAAGCUGCAGGGCCACCGGGACCAGAUCUUUAGCCUGGCUUGGAGUCCCGACGGACGACAUCUGGCCACUGUCUGCAAGGACGGGUACUUGCGGGUCUAUGAGCCCCGGGGUGGUCCUGAGCCCCUGCAGGAAGGCCCAGGGCCCGAGGGAGCCCGUGGAGCCCGCGUGGUCUGGGCGUGUGAUGGUCACUGUCUGCUGGUGUCUGGUUUUGACAGCCGAAGUGAGCGCCAGCUGCUUCUGUACCCCACCGAGGCCCUGGCCGGUGGUCCUUUGGCCGUCCUGGGGUUGGACGUGGCUCCCUCUACUCUGCUUCCCAGCUAUGACCCAGAUACCAGCCUGGUGCUACUCACCGGCAAGGGCGACACCCGCGUGUUCCUGUAUGAGCUGCUGCCGGAGGCUCCUUUCUUCCUGGAGUGCAAUAGCUUCACCUCAUCGGACCCCCACAAGGGCUUCAUCCUCCUGCCCAAGACGGAGUGUGACGUGCGGGAAGUAGAGUUUGCCCGAUGCCUGCGGCUUCGCCAGACCUCCCUGGAGCCUGUCGCUUUCCGGCUACCCCGAGUCAGGAAAGAGUUCUUCCAGGAUGAUGUCUUCCCAGACACAGCCGUGAGCUGGGAGCCGGUGCUCAGUGCCAGCGCCUGGCUGGGCGGUGCCAAUGGGCAGCUCCGGCUUCUCAGUCUGCAGCCCCCUGGCAUGACCCCAGUGAGCCAGGCCCCCCGUGAAGCUCCUGCCCGACGGGUCCCACCCUCAGCGCUCUACCUGGAAGAGAAGUCGGACCAGCAAAAGAAGGAAGAGCUGCUGAAUGCCAUGGUGGCCAAGCUAGGGAACCGGGAGGAUCCGCUCCCCCAGGACUCCUUUGAAGGUGUGGACGAGGACGAGUGGGACUAGCCUGCCCACCACUACCUCUAGCCUCACCGGUCGCUGCCACCUCCUAGAACCACCUGGCGUGGUGCCCCCUGCACGCCUCAAAUCUCACCCUCCAACUGGGAGAGGCCUUUUGGCCCUGGCACACUUUAUCCCAAAGCCCUGGCUUCCUUUGAGUCUUGGGGACUUCUCCGGCCUCUGGGCCCCACUGCAGCCCCCGUAGAUUGUCUGCACCUCUGCUUUCUGUGGGACUGGCUGCUUCUCCUCAGCUGCCUGCUAGCAUGGGGAGCCAGGGGUGUGGGCGUGGGGGUGGUAGUGGGGGUCAGUAGCACGCCCCUGGGCUGGUCCCAGCCUGGGCUGGCUUCACCCAGCACCUUCAGUUGUUACACGCUGUCCUCUCUCGCCUGCUGCCCCACUUCUCAUCAGGAGUCUUGGGGGCUGGCCCCCUGCCAGGCCAUUUGGAGCAGCCCCAGUCUCAGGGGCCAGGGACCAGUUGCCCUCCUCCUCAGGUCUGAAACCAGGAGAAAGGGGCAUUACAGAGCUGAGGGCCCAAUUCAGGGGGCUGUAAACCCCUCAGGGACUGGCCUGAGUGUACCCUGGAUGUUUUCAGCAAUUAAACUUUUUGAAGCUGG